CAAUGAAACUGCAGUGUUCUUUUCCAGAGCAGUUAAACAGACAGAACUAAGUUUUGUUAAUACAACCUUCAAGUGAACAUUCACAAAACCAAAGAAUCAACUGCGGUGAUCUGGAUCGGGAUCUGAUACAACAAAAUGACAAUGAAGGUCAUCCAACAAACCCCACAAAUACUGAGAAGUGGAAGUCGAAUGCAGUUCGUCACCAUUGUUAUACUUGAACUAUUGCUUCUGGAAGGCAUCUAUGGCUGGACCUAUCAUUAUAAUUCCGAACAGAUGCCUUGGGAAAAUGCAAGAAGAUUUUGUCAAAGCAAAUAUACUGACAUGGUUGCAAUCCAGAAUGCAGAAGAAAUCGAAUAUUUGAAGGAUACUUUACCUUUUGCACAAUGUUACUACUGGAUUGGAAUCAGAAAAGUUAAUAAUACUUGGAUCUGGGUUGGCACUGAAAAACCACUCAACAAAGAAGCAGAGAACUGGGCUAAAGAUGAACCGAAUAACGAAGGAAAAUCUGUGAAUGAAGAUUGUGUAGAAAUGUAUAUAAAGAGGGCAGUUGAUACAGGGAAAUGGAAUGAUAUUGCUUGUAACAAAAAGAAAAACCCUUUGUGUUACAAAGCUUCAUGCAGUCCCAAGUCCUGCAGUUAUAAUGGAGAAUGUAUAGAAACCAUUGGAAAUUACACAUGUCUCUGCAAUGAUGGAUUCAAUGGACCAGAGUGUGAAUAUGUUGAACAGUGUGCGAUCCUCAAUGCUCCUGACAAAGGGACAAUGCUUUGCAGCCAUCCCAAUGGAAAUUUCAGUUACGAUUCCACAUGCGAGGUUCACUGCGCACCAGGGUUCACACUACAGGGAUCACAAAGCCUCAAAUGCAAUGCAUCAGCCGAGUGGACAACGGAGCUGCCCAGCUGCAAAGCUGUACAAUGUUCACCUCUGGAGGAUCAGGAACAGAUGACCAUGACCUGCUCAGAACCAUUUGCACCAUUCAGUUACAACUCAAUGUGCAAAUUCAGCUGUGCCGAAGGUUUUGAACUCCAAGGAUCAGAGCAGCUGGAGUGUGGAGCAACUGGUCUGUGGUCUGCAGCGGCCCCUCACUGUGAAGCUGUACAUUGUGCAACUCUGGAGGAUCAGGAACAGAUGACCAUGACCUGCUCAGAACCGUUUGCAUCAUUCAGUUACAACUCAACGUGCAAAUUCAGCUGUGCCGAGGGGUUUGAACUCAAAGGAUCAGAGCAGCUGGAGUGUGGACCAACUGGUCAGUGGUCUGCAGCGGCCCCUCACUGUGAAGCGGUGCAAUGUGAAAAUCUGGAGAAACAAGACCAGGUGAUUAUGACCUGCUCAGAAAAGUUCAGGUACAGCUCAACAUGCAGCUUCAGCUGCCAAGAUGGAUUUGCAUUGAGGGGAGUGAGCAGGAUCGAGUGUGCUGCUACUGGUCAGUGGACAGCACCAGUGCCAACCUGCCAAGAUAUACAAUGUGCAACUCUGGAGGAUCAGGAACAGAUGACCAUGACCUGCUCAGAAUCAUCUGCACCAUUCAGUUACAACUCAACGUGCAAAUUCAACUGUGUCGAGGGUUUUGAACUCCAAGGGUCAGAGCAGCUGGAGUGUGGAGCAACUGGUCAGUGGUCUGCAGCGGCCCCUCACUGUGAAGCGGUACAAUGUGAAAAUCUGGAGAAACAAGACCAGGUGAUAAUGACCUGCUCAGAAAAGUUCAGGUACAGCUCAACAUGCAGCUUCAGCUGCCAAGAUGGAUUUGCAUUGAGGGGAGUGAGCAGGAUCGAGUGUGCUGCUACUGGUCAGUGGACAGCGCCAGUGCCAACCUGCCAAGCUGUGAAAUGUGGUGCACUUAAGAUUCCUGAAAAUGGGAAGAUUCAUUGUUCCCAUCCAAUGGACAACUUACGUUACCGCUCAGUUUGCAAUUUUAGCUGCUUGUUGAACUACUCGUUGAAUGGAUCAGUGAGCCUAGAAUGUGACAGCUCUGGGCAAUGGUCAUCGCCAAUCCCAACCUGUGAAGAUUCCAAUCCACAAGCAAUUCAUGAAAAUUCCACACCAAUAAUAAUUUCAUCUGCUGUGGCAUCUGGUAUCUCGGUCUUGACGUUGAUUGCCUGGAUAGUGAGGCAACUCAGAAAGAAGGCGCAAGGAAAAAAGUUCUCACUCUUGAGCAAAGAAACACAGAAAGAAUCAGGUACUUACAAGUUGAAUGAAGAAGUGUAGUGACAACAUUACUCAGGCUUUUCAUACUUUCGUUGAAAGAAUGACCAGAAAUGAAAGGAUUGAGAAAAUAUUUUCUGAUAUCACUGGAAUUGCAUCUUCAACAAUUGCAAUUAGUCGGUACAACAUUAUGAAUGAAUGGAUUUCCUUUGUC